CUUAUAAAUACAUAGUUGGAUUGUAUUGUAAAGUUAUUACCUACAAAAUAUUUUGUAAAUUUAUUUAGUAAUAUAAUCGCUGUAAACAAAUUAAUUUUUUUUCUAUUAAAAAAAAUGGAGUGUAAAGUUUGUUGGAAAAUUUUUAUGACACCACAAGAUGCGACGGAUCAUUACAGUAUUUUUAAAAGUCAUGAGAACUAUGAGAUUUAUACUAAAAAUAAACCCUUUGAGUGCGGAUAUUGUAAGGUGCGUUUCAAUACCGAAGAAGAUCUCAAUCAACAUAAGAAAAUUCAUGAAAAAAGUUCACCAAUUGAAACGAAACCAGUAAUCCAUACACCAAUUCAAGUAACAAAUUCUAAGAGAUUUCCAAGAAAAUGUAAAAAGGAAAUAUCUGAAGAGGAGAGACUUGAAAAUGAAAGGCGGUCUAAAAAUUCAAGUUCAUAUGAAUGCAAUAUAUGUGGAGAGACUUUUAAACAUGCAAAGCAAUUAGAGACUCACAUGGCAAAACAUAGGGUUGGACGCAAUGAAAAAAAUAGUGGAAGAUCUAAUCGAAGUUCGAAAAAACCGAACAUAACACCAGUAGAAAUUGCUUUCGUAGAUACAAUAGACUUUGAUUAUUUAGAAAAUCAAAAGAUUGCUGAACUAAAUGAAGUUAAAACGAAAAGCGAAGAUUCAUUUUUUGAAGAUCCAGAUGUCAGAGUGGUUGAACUUAAUGCAAAGACAAUAGAAUUGUCAAGUAGUGAAGAAGAGGAAGAAGAAUUUAAACCUGAAGAUAUUAAAAAAAUUAAAGAAGAAAUAUUGGUGGAAAAAGAGUGCAAUUCUUUUGAGAAUUUUGAUGAAGAAGAUGAAAGAUAUAAUGAUAUAGACGACAUGUAUAAUGAUGAAGACGAUAAAUUUAAUGAAAUAGACAAUAUAUAUAAUAAUACAGACAGAAAAGAUAGGGAUUUUGAAGAAAUUUUUGAUGAAACAAAAUCUGACAUCAAAUUAAUUAAAAUAGAGAAAGACGUUGAUGAUUAUGAAUCCGAUGACUGCCCCUUAGAUCAACUAAUAAAGAAAACAAAAUUAUUAAAAUCCAAGAAACAAAUCAAAAAGGAAGGAAAGAGUAACAAUGCUCAGAAAAAUGGUCAAAUUCCCAUCGAAAACAUUAAAAAAGAAAAACCAGUUAGAAAAAAAAGAAGCUCAAAAAAAGAAAAAGUUGUUAAAGUAAACGAAGGCAGUUUAAAAAUUAAAAUUAAAGCUGAAAAAUGCGACAAUACAAAAAGUGAAAAUCGUGAAUUCCUUGUUGUUCAGCCUGAUAUUGUCUUUGAUAAUAAAGAUUCCAAACAGAACAUAAAUAAAAUAAAAGACAUUAAAAAUAUAGAAAACCCCGACGAUAUAAAUAAAAACGAAGAAGAGGUUGACGAAAGUGGUAAUAAGCUUCCAAGACAUAAGUGCUCAACAUGUGGUGAAAGAAGAAGUAACAAAAGAUUAUUACUUCAGCACAAACAAAGCCAUAAUGGACUGGGAGAAACAGAAUGCAAAGUUUGUAGGCAAGUUUUUGGAACACCACAAGAAGUUCUCUCUCACUUUGAUUCUUUCAAAAAGGAAAAAACGGACAAACAUUACCAAGAAGGAAGACCAUAUCAAUGUAAAGACUGUGAUUCAAGAUUUAUACAUUUAAAACAUUUAUAUGAGCAUCGCAAAAUACACAUUGGUGAUAAGAAAUAUGUAUGCAAAUUAUGUGGAAAAUCAUUCUUAAGAAAACAAGGAUUACAAUGGCACUUAGAAACUCAUUUGAGUGAUGAGAUGGAUGCAGAAAGCUUACGUCACCUAACAGGCGUUAAGGUUAGAGACAAUGUACUAAAUAAAAAGGUGUUUGUAUGCGACAUGUGUGGUCAUGAAUUUAAGCAGUCAAGUCAAUUGAAAAUUCAUAUAAAUAGGCAUGUUAAGCUUAAAAGAUUUACUUGCCCAAUAUGUUCUAAAUCGUUUGUAACUCCCAGAGAUCUUCUUAAACACAAUAGAACUCACACCGGAGAAAGACCGUACAAGUGUUCAUAUUGUGAAAAAUCUUUUAUAGAUUCUGGAGACAAAAUAAAACAUGAAAGGCUUCACACGGGAGAAAAACCUUAUACAUGUCAGACUUGUGGUAAAAAAUUCACAUUUUCGAGCGGUCUUCGAACACAUGAACGGGCGGUUCAUUUCGGACUUAAACGAUACAAUUGUGAUAGUUGCACUCGGGGAUUUUCUAAUAAAUCAUGUUUGCUAAAACAUAAAGCCAAAAUUCACCUCCAGAGAUAAUCAUCCACAGAAAAAAAACUCACUACAUAAAUAUUAGUUCUUUUAUAGUGGUAAAUACGAGGAAUGCAUUUAAAAUAAAAUUAUAAAU